AUGUCUCUGCAGUUGUUUGGUUCCUCUGACGGAUCAGUGCUCUUGCUAGUUAGCAAUCUUAAAGUCUCCAUUGCUGCUGCUGUGUUUUCACCAGGCUUGCAACUGGAAAUCGAUACUAAAGGCAAAUCACAAAUGGCUUUACAGGAUAGCAAAAAUGGCUUUGAGCUUAUUGAACCCAACGCGAUUGUGAAAUAUCUUGCUGCCACUAAGACCCACAACAAUUCUGUUUUCGGAAACCACGAACUAAUCGAUAAGGACGAAAAGAUCUUGUAUCCUGCUUUGAAGUCGAAUCAGAUCGACGCUAGUAUCCUGUCUCACAUUGGGCCUAUACCCCCUGCCAACGCAGAAGACGUUACCCAGAUCAUCGUGUUUUCUUCAUUGUAUCCUCUUUUGAGCAAGGAAACCAACACCGAGCUCUCUGGCUGGUUCAAAACGUUCUCCGAAAUCCCUGCUGUGGCUAAGGGUAUCAGCCAUGCACUUAAGAAUUAUAAACCUCAUAGAGUUCCGGAAAAGAACACCAACAGAGUGAAUGUUGUUGAAGGAUGUGCUGUUGUUCAUUCGGAAGGAAAGCUGAAGCCAAAACCAAAUGAGAGAAAUAUCCUGAUCACCUCUGCGCUUCCAUAUGUGAACAAUGUGCCCCAUUUGGGAAACAUCGUGGGCUCGGUUUUAUCUGCUGAUAUAUACGCCCGGUAUUGCAAGCGCAGAAACUACAAUGCGAUAUACAUCUGUGGUACUGAUGAGUACGGAACUGCUACUGAGACCAAGGCUCUGGAAGAUAAGGUCACUCCUCAAGAGCUUUGUGACAAAUAUCAUGCUGUCCAUUCCGAUGUCUACAAAUGGUUCCAGAUUGAGUUUGAUCACUUUGGGAGAACGACUACACCAAAGCAAACCGAAAUUGCCCAAGAGAUGUUUCUGAAAUUGUACAACAAUGGAUACCUGGAAGAAAAAGUCAUGAAACAACUGUUCUGUCCAGUUCACAAAGGAUUUUUAGCUGACAGAUAUGUCGAAGGUGAAUGCCCAAGGUGCCAGUAUGAAGAUGCUAGAGGAGAUCAAUGUGACAAGUGUGGCAACUUGCUUGAUCCAUUUGAGCUUAUCAAUCCUCGUUGCAAACUUGAUGGACACACUCCAGAACCUAGAGAAUCCAACCAUAUUUUCAUAUCGCUAGAUAAGCUCGAGCCAGAGGUUAGAAAGUGGAUUGCCGAAGCUUCAGAAAAGGGCAAGUGGUCCAAGAACUCGAAAACGAUAACGAACUCCUGGCUCAAAGAAGGACUGCAACCGAGAUGUAUCACUAGAGAUCUGACCUGGGGAACUCCUGUGCCACUCAAAGGGUUUGAGAACAAAGUUCUCUACGUUUGGUUUGAUGCUCCAAUCGGCUAUAUCUCCAUUACGGCAAACUACACUGAUGAAUGGAGGGACUGGUGGCAAAAUCCUGAGCACGUUCAACUUUACCAGUUCAUGGGCAAGGACAAUGUGCCAUUCCACACCGUUGUGUUCCCAUCUACUGAGAUUGGUACCAAGGAAAAAUGGACUAUGCUACACCAUUUGAACACGACCGAAUACCUUCAGUACGAAGGAGGCAAGUUUUCCAAAUCGAGAGGUAUUGGUGUUUUCGGUAAUAAUGCAGAGGCUACUGGCGUGUCUCCUUCUGUCUGGAGAUACUAUUUGGCAUCUGUCAGACCAGAAAACCAAGACUCCCAAUUUUCUUGGUAUGAGUUUGUCACCAGAAAUAAUAGCGAGCUUUUAGCAAACCUGGGCAAUUUCGUCAACAGACUGGCUAAGUUUGUUAUCGCCAAGUACAAUGGCGUGGUGCCCUCUUUCAAAACUAAGGACUGCCAAGUGUACCCUGAACUUUUGAAGGACUUGAAUUCACUUGUGAAAACAUAUGUUGAUGACAUGGAGACAGUGCAUCUAAGAAAAGGCUUGGAGUCCGCGAUGAUGAUUUCCGCUAGAGGCAACCUGUUUCUACAAGAGAAUAAACUGGAUAACUCCUUAUACAACGAUUUCCCAGAGAAAAGCGACGCGGUUGUUGCUAUUGGGCUCAACAUCGUGUAUUUGGUCUCUGCUGUGAUUGCACCUUACAUGCCUGAGACAAGCAAGCAAAUAGAGGAGAUUUUGAGGGUUCCCGAGCUUAUAAUUCCCGAUGAGUUUGGUCUGUGGAUCCAACCUGGACACUGUAUCGGAAAGGCCCAAUAUUUGUUCAAGAGAAUUGAUGAGAAAAAGAUCGAUGAGUGGAGAAAUCUAUAUGGAGGCCAACAGCAAAAAUGA